AUGGCGGAGCUUGAGAGCAGUCUGACUGCUAUGGAUUGGCUCCACCGUCUUGGUGUCGGUGGGGCUAUGGCAGGUCCGGGGGUAGGAAAACUGGACCCUAAUGGCAAUGGACAAAUCACAAAAACAGUAGGUGGCCAACUGGCAUUGCGUAAAUCACCGAAUUCCCCCCUGGACACCUCGGCGACUUUGGAUCAGCACGAAGCCCAGGCACACCAAGCCAGGGAUGGAAAACCCCCGUACAGUUACGCCAAUCUAAUCACGUUCGCUAUAAACAGUUCCGCUAAAAAGAAAAUGACUUUGAGUGACAUUUACCAGUGGAUUUGCGAUAAUUUUCCUUACUACAGAGAUGCUGGGAAUGGUUGGAAAAAUUCCAUACGUCAUAAUUUGUCAUUAAAUAAGUGUUUUCAAAAAGUACCAAGAUCAAAAGAUGACCCAGGGAAGGGCUCAUAUUGGGCAAUAGACAACCAUCCUGUAGAAGACCCAGUUCCUUCAAGACACAAGAAGAAGCGAGCAAAUGAGAGGGGUUUACCAUAUAGUCCUGAAUCUGGGUUGAAUUCCUCCAACAGCGUGAGCUCUCCCACCUUAGCCUCGUUAAAUAUUCAAAUUACAUCACAGUCCAACAAUCAGAUUCCAUCCCAUUCCUUCGCCGACAACAACCUUGCCCUGGAUGACCUCAGUGCCUCCUUCAGAAGUUUGUAUAAUAAGAUGUUUCAUGUGAGAGAAGGUGGCCUGAACACACUACUCAAUCACUCAGAGAACACUGCGGUAUCAGGUAUAUUGAACAAUGUUUCAAAUGAGAGUAGUAACCAAACCCUUCUGAACAGCAAUCCGUCUAGUUUGUUAUCAAGUUCCAACUUGUUACAGGGUCAGCAGUUCCUGUCUGGCUCCACAGAGUGGCUGCAGAAUAUUGAUUCCUUACGGGAAAGUGUCCGGUUGGCAGGCAGCCAUGACUGGCAAAAUGUUGAUGUCAGUCAGUUUCAGGGUUUAAUGGAAACAAUGAAGCAAGCCGAUCUAUCCAACUUGUCAUUAAAUCCUGAGCAGUUUGCUGACCUGGCAUCCUCAUUGAACAACUUUUUCAACCAGACGUCCGGUAUCCAUCAUAGUCCAGCACAUCAGACCCAAGGCUAUUCCUCCUCCUCAGAUACACUGUCCGGUGUGAAUACAUUUUGUAACAGUCAAGCAGGGUCAUUGUUGUUAGAUGGCAGCCCCAUGACAGGGGUGCCCAAUGGGAGGAGUUCUGUCAGCCCCCAAAUAAGCCCCCGCCCACAGAGUGGUUCCAGUACAUACAGUCCUCAGACGUCACAGGUGAUGCAGUUACGCUCAGCUUCACACUAUGCCACAGACGAAAUAGAAGAUGACUUCAACUGGGAUAAGCUUUUGUAGAGAGAUGGCAGUUGACAACAGAGCUGCAUCAUCUUCUAGUAGAUUCACAGUUUUUAAGCAUUAAAAAGACAUUUAGUGGUAAUUUUUUUCCAACUAGGACACAAUUCGGCUCACUUGUGAAACAUUCAUAUGCAGAGCGACAGAGUGUUUCAGUGUGGAACACUUCAAGUGUUUGGACAGAGGCAAUGUUCACAUGUGAAACACUUCAUGUGUGCAAAUAGUAAAACUGUUCACAUAUGAAGCACAUGUUGUGUGCAGACAGAUCUAUUGUCCAUGUGUGAACAUACUUGCUGUAUGCAGAUAGCUAUAGUGUUUAUCUGGAAACACAUAUUGUGUGCUGACAGUGUUCGUGUCACUAUGAAAGUUUAUUCGUACAACAGGAUGAUUUUGGCUUGGGAGUACAAAACAGCCCGCUGGAUGUUGAUUUUCCUUAUAUUAAUCAUAUAUGCUGUACCCCGUUAGCUGAAAAUGUUGCCUUUGCAUGAGCACUAAAAAAGAAAAGAAACUCGUUGUUGGAAGAAUUUUUGUUAACCCACGAGUAGGUUUCUUUGCUGAAUUUGUAUUUUGAUUGGUUGUCCGUUAGACUCAAUGUGGCAACAAUGUUUUUCUCUCUUUUUGGAUUCAGACACACAAAAAAGAUGUCAUCUCUCACAGAAACAACUCCAACUAAGUUAUUGUUAAGGUACAGUUUUGUGAAAUAUGAUUUUCUAUUUAUUUCAUCCGGUUCAUGACAAAUUCAAAGCGUUUUAAUAACUAUCUGCACUCAAAAACAGUUGACAGUUGCAAUGUUUCAAUGUAACAAAGGGACAUAACUCUUGUAGCCGUGAUGUCUGCAUUUGCUCAGCAACAAUAUAUUGUUGCAUUAAAAUAAUCAGAUAACCUGCUGAUUAAAUUAUCUAUUUCAUUAUGAAAGGACUGGAAUUUUUUUUUUUUUUUUCAAAUGGAAGAACAUGGAAUGUGGGAUAAUAAAUGUGUCGUUAAGAUUUUGACCAGAGUGUAUGACGAGGCUGAAGGGUGUGUCAUCCUGAAGAGUUUUGUACAAGACUCAGUAGGGCCUAGAAUACCAUGCACCCUUGUUAAACCUUAAUAACUAAUCAGAUGUUUAGAUUGUACACUUAAUUCUAAAUUAUGUGUUUAAAGUAGCACAACAGUACAUGUACAGGUUUUGGAAAUGCCCAUAUAUGCAGCUCUCAGUGUGUUUAAUUUUAAAUCAUGUUUAUCCGUAUGUAUAAAUACAGAGAAGUUGUACCCAUAGUAUAUGUGGGAUAGUGCGCACUGUCUGUUUGAAACAGAAAAUAAGCAUUUUUUUAUGAACAUAUACAUGAAACGUCAUUUAUGUUUAUUGUAAAAACAUAUAUUUUUAGCUUAGUACACAUCACUGGAUGGUUUGACACAGACUUGAACUAUGUACAUGUAUAUAUAGACAUAUAUAUAUAUAUAUAGAUAGGUAGGGAAAUAUCAGUAGGUGACAUGUACACAUUGUUGUAUGUGGUUGUGGGUGAUCUGUCAUGUACUAGGUCCAUUUAGUUCUGAAUGUCUUCAUCCCUUGGCAGACUGAAUGUGAAAUAUUUAUCAGAAGACCUUCACUGGAUUGUGCUGCAUGUGGAUUUGUACUGGAAAUGAAAGUUUAUUGUGCGUAGUCUCUGCAGCAACAGGGUUUAAUCAUUUUCAUGUUUUUGUCAAGAGGCUACAAGUUUGCAAAGAGAAAAAAACAAGUAAAGGUUGUACCUGUCUAAAUAUUGGUGCAGCAUAGCAUUUGAAAGCAAGGGACUUGAACCACAUUGUGUGUGGAUAUUGUAGCUUGCUGGAUAUAACUCUUGACUGCCGUGUUAAUCCCUACGUUAAGUUUUAGUGGCAGACCUGUGAGGUACAUGUGGUCCCCCUCACGUUAUACAUGUUACUUGGUUUUCGCUACUUACUGUAUUUACCCAUUUGGUUCAGUGUUUUUUAACACUUCAUCCAUAACAUCAUUCACGUUAUGGUGUAUUUAGAUUGAAUUCUUUGAGUGCAAUUUUAAAAUGGAACAUUUCUAAACGCAUAGUGAAAUUUUUGUAACCAAUACAGCCUAUUGCUGUUGUCACAUAAGUUUUGCGCUAAACUUUACUCUGCUGUUCAUUUUUAGAAAUUGAGAUCUUCUCGGAAGGAUUACAAUUGAAACUGAGAUAAGUCUCAUUGCAUCCCAGCUUGAUAGAACUCUUCUGUUCACAGUACUUACACUUCUGUGACAUGAUUUUACAUUAAAUUUACCUCACAGCAAUUUACUGUGUAUAUCUAAUAAUUUCGCUUUGGACAAUUUACACUACAUAUGGAAUUUGUGUGGCAAGAUAUAUCGAUCGGUUAUUUUAAUUUCUGCAUUUUUUUAUCUCUCUUCAGGGUCCAUGUCCUUUGAUUGGGUGGAAACAUAGAUAUAUAUUUUGAUAUUUUUUGAGCCAUGUUAGAACAAAAGGCCCGUAUAGCGUCAAAUUUAUCCAGUAUCUUUUCACUUUUAUAAAGUGAGCAUGUGAUCCAGUUGGUCGACUCCUACUCUCUUUUCCAAGUGUUACAGACUAAAGGCAGCGCAGCUUUGUCUGCAUGAAGUGGGAGGAAAUCUGAAUGGAAUGAAGCUUCCAUAAAAUACUCCUUUUUUCGUAUUUCAUUGCCAAGCCUAGUUGCCCCCACAAUGGGCAUCACAAUGAGUUCAUGUGUUUCCAGAUCUGUAGUUCCAGUUUACACUCAGUUUACACAUACUGCUUGGUUUAUGAAGAUAAAUCUGCAUGAGGAGUGUUUGCCAUUUCCAUUGAUUUAACCAGCCGUUUCAAUAAACUGGCUGAAGAAUAACACUGUCUAUAUCACACCUGGAUAUACAUGUUGUAUAUAUACAUGUACC